AAACGACCUGGUUGCAAAAAGAACUAGGGCACCGCUUUUGUUAUUGGUCCAAACGGGUUUAUAUAUAUAUACACAUUCUUGGAGUUGCUUCAACCUAUCAGAGCCGUAACUGAAAGAAACAAACGAAUUCGGAGCCGUAACCUUAUCUUUCCCAACGCGCCUCAGAAUUUCUAUCGAGCAUGGAUCGGUACCAGAAGGUGGAGAAGCCGAGGGCUGACUCGCAGAUUGGUGCGAACGAGAUUCGGAUUACAAGCCAAGGCAGGAUGCGGAGCUACAUCACUUAUGCCAUGACUCUGCUUCAGGAAAAGGGUUCAGAUGAAAUAGUAUUCAAGGCAAUGGGCCGAGCCAUCAACAAGACUGUAACAAUUGUGGAGUUAAUCAAGAGGAGAAUUGUUGGUCUUCACCAAAUUACAGCAAUCCAAUCUACUGAUAUAACUGAUACAUGGGAACCUCUGGAGGAAGGCCUCCAAACUUUGGAAACAACGAGGAAAGUUUCAACGGUCACAAUUACUCUCUCAAAAAAGGAUUUGGAUAAGACAAACAUUGGGUACCAACCUCCGAUACCAGCCGACCAAGUGAAGGUGCCCACCGAACCCGACUACGAUGGAGAGGGUUCACCCGUUGCUCGAGGAAGAGGUCGAGGCGGCAGGGGAAGGGGUGGUAGGCCUAGGCCUCCUUCUGGAAAUGGAGUUUCGUCUGGUGAGUUCGAAGAUGGAGGCUAUGAGCGGAGGGGAAGGGGACGAGGCAGAGGCCGCAAUCCGCAUGGCCGUGGCCGUGGUCGUGGUGGAUACUAUGGUGGCCCCCGGUUUGAUGUUCAGCCUGAUAGUACCGAAGGGUACAAUCAACAUGCACCUAGAGGCCGUGGACGUGGAAGGGGGACUCGUGGGAGAGGCCGUGGGCCCAGGCCUAAUGGGCCGGUCGACAAUUCUGCUGCCUGAGGUUCCUCAAUGUUAUGCAUAUUCUGCGAGGACAACAUUGAUUUUCAGUGAGUCAGUUGUUUUUUUUUUUUCUUUUCUUUGGUCUUUCAAAUUAGUGUAUUUUUCACAGAUAGAUUUUAACUGUAGGAUUUUUAUAUGUAAUCAAUUUUCGACUAACCAGGGCGGCGAGACUUUUUGUUUUUCUUAAAUUCAACUUUAUAUUUUUACUUCUACAGUUUGGUUAGUUGUUUCAAGACAUAAUUGUAGUUUGAGCAUAUUCUUUGAUUUAUAUGUCUGGAUUUUAUAGCUUUUCGAUUGAUAUCAUAAAUUGCCUCCCUCUAAUAGACACCUCUUCUUUUGCAA